GAAUUGUAUAAAAGCCCAACCAUCUGUCUGCAAUUCCAACAGCUUCACUUGACAUCCUCGUCUUCGCUACAUCUUCUUGAGAAAGCAGACACCCACCAUCACCCAGAAAAUGGCCUAUUGUGGUCCAGCCUGUGCCGUCCCAUCCUGUGCCUCUACCCCAGUGGUUGGUUUCGGCUCUGCCGGUCUCGGUUAUGGAGGUCUCGGCUAUGGAGGUCUUGGCCACAGAGGUCUUGGCUAUGGCUAUGGUGGAUGGGGCUCUGGUGGGUGGGGAUAUGGUUCUGGUGGACUGCUCGGAGGAAGCACCAGCUCAGGAGAGCUCGGCACCCUUGCUGGAGUCAACCCUUCAUGCAUCAACCAAAUCCCACCUGCAGAGAUUGUGAUUGAGCCACCUCCAUUUGUCGUAACCAUCCCAGGGCCCAUCCUGUCUGCAAGCUGUGAGCCUGUUUCCGUCGGAGGCAACACCCCCUGUUCUCUGGCUGGUUCUGGUGCCUAUGGAGGCUUUGGGCUGGGAGGAGGCUUGUAUGGAGGUUUUGGAUUGGGAGGUGGCUCGUUUGGAGGCUUGGGCUGGAGGAGAGGAGGACUCCUUGGGAGAAGGUCUGGCCGCCGUAGUAGCGUGUGCAGCUAGACUGUGAAAGACAAGAAGAAUAUCCUCAUGACCAGGAAUCGGAGACAAGACACAGAUUCAUUGCAGACUGUUCUAACCCUGGGUUUAGAGCAGAUGAACCCGUGGAAGGCCAGAAUGACGAUGGGAGUCUCUCUCUCUCUCUACCGCUCCCUGCUUUGCUCUUAAAUCUUGUACAACUUCUAUUGCCAUUUCUUUUAUAUAUAUAUAUGUUUCCAAUAAAGUUUCUGCUGCAACAUUCUAA